AUGAAUAAAUGGGGUCCCUUAAAAAUUGUAGAUCGUUACCCAAUGUCACAUUGCUAUGACCUUUUGCUCUUGAAUCAUUCAGAUUUGAUAUUAAAGCAAAAACAACAGAGCGUUAAUUACCAAACAAACUUAAAGCAAGGUAUUGCUCCAGGGAACGUUUCUGUCGCUACUAAGAGCUUUUUCCAACAUGCGUUGAUUGUUUUAUGGAAGGUGAGAGGAAGGGAAGCUAAAACUGCUUUAAUAAAGUUGAAGGAAAAAGGAUUGAAUAAUAAAACGGCUAAGGGGAAGGGAUAA